AUGUCCGCACUUCGAAGAAAAUUUGGUGACGAUUACCAAGUAGUGACCACCUUGUCCAGUGGCUCCGGAUUUAAUCAGCCACCCAAGAAAAAGAGGCAGAGGUUUGUAGAUAAGAACGGGCGUUGUAAUGUGCAGCACGGGAACCUGAGCGGCGAAACUAGCCGUUAUCUUUCGGAUUUAUUUACCACAUUAGUUGAUUUGAAAUGGCGCUGGAAUUUGUUCAUUUUUAUUCUCACAUACACGGUGGCUUGGCUCUUUAUGGCGUCGAUGUGGUGGCUAAUCGCUUAUAUCCGCGGCGAUCUCAACAAAGCUCACGAUGAGAAGUACACCCCUUGUGUUGCCAACGUCUACAACUUUCCUUCUGCCUUCUUGUUCUUUAUUGAGACGGAGGCCACCAUCGGUUACGGAUACAGGUACAUCACUGACAAAUGUCCAGAGGGGAUCAUUCUUUUCCUCCUUCAGUCCAUUCUGGGCUCCAUUGUGGAUGCAUUCUUGAUCGGUUGCAUGUUUAUAAAAAUGUCUCAACCCAAGAAGCGAGCAGAGACGUUGAUGUUUAGUGAACAUGCGGUGAUUUCCAUGAGAGAUGGUAAACUGACUCUGAUGUUCAGAGUGGGAAACCUCCGCAACAGCCAUAUGGUGUCGGCACAGAUACGCUGUAAAUUGCUCAAAUCUCGGCAGACGCCCGAGGGUGAAUUCUUGCCCCUCGAUCAACUAGAACUGGACGUGGGAUUUAGCACAGGGGCAGAUCAGCUUUUCCUCGUCUCCCCACUCACUAUCUGCCAUGUGAUUGAUAGCAAGAGCCCUUUCUACGACCUCUCCCAGCGAUCAAUGCAAACGGAGCAAUUCGAGAUAGUCGUUAUCCUUGAGGGAAUCGUCGAAACGACUGGCAUGACAUGUCAAGCAAGGACAUCAUACACAGAAGAUGAAGUUCUUUGGGGAAACCGUUUUUUCCCAGUUAUAUCCCUGGAAGAAGGAUUCUUCAAAGUGGAUUACUCUCAAUUUCAUGCAACAUUUGAAAUUCCAACACCACCAUACAGUGUAAAAGAACAAGAGGAAAUGCUAUUUAUGACUUCUCCUUUGAUGGCCCCAGCUGUUAACAACAGCAGAGGCACUGUGCCAGAUAGGAAUGAUUCUGUGGACUGCUUCAAUAGCGUUGAUGAUCUAAGUACCAGGAUACCAUUGAAACUGCAGAAGAUUACAGGGAGGGAAGAUCUACCCAAAAAAUUACUAAGAAUGAGUUCCACCACUUCAGAAAAAGCAUAUAGUAUGGGAGAUCUACCAAUGAAGCUGCAACGAAUCAGUUCAGUUCCUGGAAAUUCAGACGAAAAACUGGUGCCAAAGACCAGUAAGGUGACCUGUGACCCAAUGAGCCAAUCUGUGGCUGAUCUGCCACCAAAACUACAGAGAUUAGCAGGUGGUUCAAGGAUUGAGGGAAACCUUCCUCCAAAACUGAGGAAAAUGAAUUCUGAACGUUUUACGUAA